CGAUGAGACACCAGCAAACGCUAGUUUGUUUCUUGACCACUUCAAAUCGUCGAUAUCCAUGGCUCUUGUGAGAGCAGCCGAUCCACAAACCUCCUCUGUUUCCAGUACUUCUGGAUAUUGUCGUUAUCACGUGUUCCUGAGUUUCAGAGGCCAAGACACUCGCAAGACUUUCACUGACCACCUCUACACGGCCCUUGCCAACGCCGGAUUUCGUGCUUUCCUAGACGACAAUGAAGUCGAGAGAGGAGAGGGUAUCAAGCCCAAACUGCAGAAAGCAAUCAAACACUCACGAACUUCUGUCAUUGUGUUCUCGAAAGACUACGCGUCGUCCAGAUGGUGCCUUGACGAGCUGGUGAUGAUCCUUGAACGCAAGAGGAGGACCUCAGAUGACCAUGUCGUUUUGCCUGUCUUCUACGAUGUGGAUCCAUCCCAUGUGAGGAAGCAGACAGGAAGUCUUGCAAAGGCAUUUGCUAGACACCAAAAAACUCAACCGCUGCCGAAGGUGAAGGCAUGGAGAGAGGCACUUGCAGAGGUUGCAGAUCUGGCAGGGAUGGUCUUGCAAAAUCAAGCUCAUGGGUACGAGUCAAAGUUUAUCAAGAAAAUAGUUAAGGUGAUUGGAGACAAACUAAGUCGCACGCCAUUGAGUGUUGCUCCCAACUUGGUUGGAAUGCAUUCUCGAGUCGAAAGAAUUAAUUUCUGGUUAAAACGCAGGUCAACUGACGUUGGCAUACUUGUAAUAUAUGGGAUGAGUGGAAUAGGGAAAACAACCAUCGCAAAGACUUUUUACAAUUCUAACUUUAGAAUAUUUGAAGGAAGCAGCUUCCUUGAAAAUAUCAAAGAAGUUUCACAGCAACCCAAUGGCUUAGUUCAAAUACAAACACAACUUCUUUCUAACAUUUUGAAUGGGAGAAAAAUGAAAAUAAGCAAUGUUAGUGAGGGAUUAAUUAAGAUUGAAGAUGCAAUAAGCUCUAAAAGGGUUCUUCUUGUUCUCGAUGAUGUGGAUCAUAUGGACCAAUUAGAUGCAAUAUUUCAAAUGAAAGCUCAAUUUUAUCCAGGAAGUAAAAUCAUCAUAACAACUAGGCGUGCAAGAUUGUUAAAGGCUCAUCAAGUUACUGAGGUGUAUGCAGUUGGCACUUUGACUCAAAAAGAAUCAUUGGAGCUCUUCAGUUGGCAUGCUUUUGGCCAAGACCAUCCUGUUAAAGAUUACAUAGAAUAUUCAGAGAAGCUAGUCGAUCUUUGCGGAGGACUUCCAUUAGCUCUCAAAGUUUUAGGUUCUUCUUUGUUGGGGGAAAGUAUAUGUCUAUGGAAAAGUGCAUUGGAGAAGUUAGAAGCUAUUCCAAAUGGUGAAAUAAUAAAUAAAUUAAGAGUAAGCUAUGACUCUUUGCAAGAUGACCAUGACCGAAAAUUAUUCCUCCACAUUGCUUGUUUCUUUGUUGGGAUGGACAAAGAUUACAUUGUUAGAAUACUAGAUGGAUGUGAUUUCUAUACAAUUGUUGGCAUUCAAAAUCUCAUCGAUAGAUGUUUGGUGACGAUAAUUGACGGAUGGGACAAGGUGCAGAUGCAUGACCUGAUUCGUGGAAUGGGAAGAGAAAUUGUUCGCCUAGAAUCAAAGGAGCCUUGGAAGCGUAGUAGAGUAUGGCAUCAUAAGGACUCUUUCAAAAUCUUGACGGAAAAGAAUGGUAUGGAAACAAUUGAAGGUCUUGUGCUCGACAUGCACAUGUGCCCUACUAUAAACUCAAAUGAGAAAGUCUUGGAAACCAAUGCAUUUUCAAGGAUGCAAGAACUAAAACUACUCCAUCUUAGUCAUGUAAAACUCCGCGGAUGUUACGCAAAAUUUUGUAGUGGACUAAGAUGGUUGUGUUGGCUUGAAUUUCCUUUAGAUUCUAUGCCCGUUGAUUUUCCUUUGGGGAGCAUUAUUAUUCUUGAAAUGCAAUACAGCGGUCUGAGACAAGUAUUCAAGGGAACAAAAUAUCUUCCGUCCUUGAAGAUCCUUGAUCUCAGCCAUUCUCAUUCCCUUUCAGAAACCAUUGACUUCUCAUAUUGCCCAAAUCUAGAGAAAUUGGUUCUAGUAGACUGCAUGAGCCUGAUUUAUGUCCAUGGAUCCAUUGGAAACCUAGAGAGACUUAUUUACUUGAAUAUGAAAGAUUGCAAAAGGAUUAGGAUGCUUCCCAAGAACAUUUGUAUGCUAAAAUCACUUGAAACAUUUAUUAUAUCUGGUUGCUCAAAUCUAAAGGAGUUAUCAAUUGAGAUGCUGAGGAACAUGCUAUUUAUAGAUAAAUUAUACUUUUAUCAGGUAAUUUUGAUAAUUAUUUAA